AUGUCAGACGCGGCCCUCAGUGCGGCGCAAUGGGUGGUGGGCAAGGCGCUAGCCCCCGUCACGGAUGGUCUGCUAGAGGCUUGGGCAGGUAGCAGGAACCUUGGUCUCAACAUUGAGGCCCUCAGUACGGAACUGCUGCUAGUGAAAGCCAUGCUCGAACAAGCUGCUCUCAAGGAGCUCGGUGGCCCAGCCAUGGAGAUACUGCUGCAGAAGCUGCGGGAUUCAGCACACAAUGCCGAAGACUUGCUGGAUGAGCUGGACUACUUCCGCAUCCACGAUGAGCUCCAUGGCACGUACAAUGCUGCUGAACAGCAAGGCAAGAGUGGUGUCCACAACCUUGUCGUCAAUGCUCAUCACAUCGCCAAAGCUCUUGGCAAACAACUAGCAUCUUUGUCUGCGUACUGGUUUGGUGCCAAUGCUGGUGAUCACCGACAACAAGAUGCAAGACAACAUGUUAAUUAUUGUGCUUCACAGCAUGGUAAGAAGAGGUUACGUGGUGAUUUCUCAUCAGCGCCAAAGGCCAAUCAGGCUGAUGAGGAGGCCAGCAGGCGCAUGCCCAAGCUCGGUAAAUUCCUCCAUGGCUCAUCUUCCCCACACCCCCAUGUUCACGAUGACAAUUGCAGCAAUGCACAAGAAACACCAAAGCUUGAGUUUAAUAGGGUGAAUUUCUCUCAAAGGGUGAAGGGCAUUGUAGAGAAACUGCAACUUAUGCGUAAUGAGGUUAGCAAAAUUCUGCAAUGUUGUAGCCCUAGAACUGUCCCAAACAUUGCCUUGAGUCGUCCCAUCACCAAAGGUCGAAUUGAUGAGCCAAAACUGUAUGGGAGGGAUUGGGUCAUGAAUAGCAUCAUACAUGAUAUCACCAAGGGUCAAUAUUGUGACAAGGGUCUAACUGUGCUUUCGGUUGUUGGUCCCGGGGGGAUGGGGAAGACAACUCUGAUACAACACAUAUAUCGCAACCAACAAGUGAAGAAUUAUUUUCCAGUCAUGAUUUGGAUUUGUGUGUCGCUCAAUUUCAGUCUGGAUAAGGUGCUAGAACAAAUUAAAACAUGUACCCCUGCAGUUGAAAAUGAAAAGGAGGGCAGUACAACUGAAGAGUUGAUUGAAGAAAGAUUGAAAUCUAAAAGGUUCUUACUUGUAUUGGAUGAUAUAUGGCAGAUUAGUAAUGGGGAUGACUGGGAAAAUCUACUGUCGAUACUCAAUCAAUCACAAGAAAAGGGUUGCACAAUUCUAGUCACAACUCGGUUUCAAGCAAUAGCACAGAAGGUUAAAACAGGUCAUUCAAUACAAUUGAACGGUUUAGAAUCUGAAGAGUUUAGAAAGUUAUUUUUUGCAUUUGUCUUUGGCGAUGAGCAGUGUGCAAGGGAUAAACAUUUUCUGCUUGAGACUGGAGAUAAGAUAAUCCAAAAACUAAAGGGAUCCCCUCUUGCAGCAAAAACUGUUGGUAGAGUACUCAGUAAAGAACUUAGUUUGCAUCAUUGGAAAAGGGUGCUAAAAAGUAAAGAAUGGGAGACCGAUAACAAUGGAAUUAUGCCUGCCUUAAGGCUUAGCUAUGACUUUCUCCCUUUCCAUCUGCAACAAUGUUUCGCCUAUUCUGCAUUGUUUCCUGAAGAUUAUUGUGUCACAAGCCACCAGCUCAUUGGCCUAUGGACAGGACUAGAUAUUUUGAUACCUGGUGGUCAAAACCAAACAUUGGAAGAUAUAGGUUUGAGCAAUUUAAAUGAGUUAGUAAUCCAUGGAUUUUUCAGAGAAGAGGAAACUUAUGCAGGUCUGCGGUACGUUAUGCAUGACCUACUGCAUGAUUUGGCAUUGAAGGUUGCAUCGCAUGAUUGUCUUAGUUUACGUCUCCCUAAUGUUGAGUCAGUAGAAGUUCAGCCAUCGACCCAUCACUUAUCUAUAAGCAUAGAGGACUUAGGUGAAUAUGAUGCAGUGUCUGGCCAAAAAUUAAAGAGUGAACUGAAAGAACUGAAAACAAGAUUGAAGGUUGAACAUUUGCAAAGUUUGAUGUUAUUUGGAAAAAUAGAUAAAAGUUUUGCCAAGGUAUUUGGUGAUUUUUUUGGGGAAGCAAAUUCUCUUCGUGUUCUUUAUUUGCCCAACAUGAUGUAUCCAGUGGAAUGCAUGUUGCAUAACUUCUCACGACUUGUCCACCUACGAUUCCUGUGUCUAGGGACAUGGGACAGACAGAUACAUUUACCACCUAACAUGUCUAAACUUUACCACUUAAGGGUUCUAGAUCUUGAGUCAUGGUAUGGUAGUCAUGAUUUGCCUGAAGACAUGAGCAACCUUGCCAAAUUGUGCCAUUUUUAUACUCCAAUUGAUUGUUUUAAAACCGGUCCUUUGUAUACCACAAUAGAUGAGCAAUGUUAUGAUAUUUAUAAUGUGGGAAAACUUAUACACUUAGAAGAGUUAGAGGUAUUUCAAGUCAACAAAAAGAGUGAAGGAUUUGAACCAAAGCAACUAGAGACUUUGACCAAGCUAAGGGAGCUUGGAAUGUAUAACCUUCACAAAAUACAUACAAAAGAAGAAGCGGCUCAAGUAAAACUGAUAGAGAAAAACUACCUGAGAAGGUUAACAUUGGAUUGGGAUAGUAAGCGAUCUAAUGUUGACCCUAGUUUGGAAGCAUUGGUUCUUGAGAGACUUCAACCACAUGGAGAUCUUCAAGUAUUGUGCAUUAGAGGGCAUGGAGGCCCUUCUUGUCCAACAUGGCUGGGUGAUGAGUUCGCUAUUGAAGCUAUACAGUCUCUUUAUCUUUCUGGUGUUUCUUGGGAGGUUUUCCCUUCUCUAGGGAAGGCGUGGGAUCUUCGUGAAUUAAGGUUGGAGCAUAUUGGCACACCAAAGGAGUUUAUCAUAGAAAAAAGCUUUUGCAUGCUAAUAAAGCUUGAACUCAUUGGCCUAGAGAGUUUUGAAAAAUGGGUUUGUCCAGCUGAACAAGAGUCUGCCUUGGGUAGAGACCUGUCGCCACCACAUGCUCAUAUGUUCCCUCUUUUGCAAAUGCUAUUUAUUAUGAAUUGCCCGAAAUUCUUGUGGUUGCCUUCUUCAAACCAUAUUGUUUUCCCAGAUUGGUUUCCCAAACUACAAGAGUUUGUAAUUGUGAACUGCCCAAAAUUCCUGUCAGUGACUCCCAUCUCCUGGAUUGAAAGGUUGUGCCAUUUCCAUUUAUCAGAUGUGAAGCUACUACAUUUGUUUAAAUACUCAAAAUCAUCUGAUGGGGUAGAAUUGACGAUUAAUGGAGAGGGUGAUCUACAUAGUUUAGACCAAGUGUUAGUUCUGGAUAAAGAAGCAGGUGUUGAGAAGCUGACACUCGGUAGGUGCCCACCUCUUGAGUUGAAGCACCUUCUGAUGCUAACCUCGCUGAAGACAUUGAUUGUAUUUAGUUCAGAUGCCCUGGUUGGACCACUAGGAGGUCAAGGUGAUUUCGAAUGGCAACUCCCCGUUGAGAAUAUCAGGAUGAAUGACUUAAAUGGUACUAGUGGGAAGGAAUUGAUAAAGCUCCUCCCCCACCUCCCAAGGCUCUCCAAAUUGGAAAUAGAAUACAUAGAAAACAUAGUGGGGGUGGAUCUACAACAAACAACAUCAGCUAUUUCGUUUUUCCGUCAACUUUUUCCUUCCUCCUUGCAAUUCCUGGGGCUUAGGAGUGUGGAAGGCAUGGGGACACUUGAGCCCCUCUCAAGCCUCUCCUCUCUUACCAUAUUAGAAUUGAAUUAUUGCGGGCAUGAUCUGAAAUGUCAGGGCUUGCGGUCUCUCCUUACAUCUGGGGGCCAGCUCAACAAAUUAAAAGUCUUUGGCAGCCCUAGAUUCUUUGUUGGUUGGGAUCCCAAUCCCAGACGGGCGUUGGAGGAUGUUGAAGGAGAAGAGCAGCAAACACAGCUUGUUUCAUCCACACUGCGGGAGCUCUGCACGGAUGAUGCAGCGGGACUCCUUGCUGCACCCAUCUGCAGCUUCCUCUCCUCCCUCUCCGAGUUGGGACUUCGUGGGAAUGGGUCCAAAGAGGUGGAGCGCUUCAGCAAGGAGCAAGAGGACGCCCUUCAACUCCUCUCCUCCCUCCAGGAACUAGAGUUUUGGAGUUUCCACAAUCUUCAGCAACUCCCUGCAAGGCUGCACAACCUUACCAGUCUCGAGAUACUAUCAAUCAGCGACUGUCCAGCUAUCUCAUCGUUGCCCAGUGAUGACCUGCCCAAAUCACUGCAAGAGCUAAAUGUUAGAUACUGCUCGGAGGAGCUAAAACAGCAGUGCAGAGGGUUAGUGGGAACCAUCCCAAGAAUCAUACAACACUGA